UGAUGAUGUUAGCUGGUGUUGAUGAUGUUGUUAGCUGGUAUUGAUGAUGUUGUUAGCUGGUAUUGAUGAUGAUGUUAGCUGGUGUUGAUGAUGAUGUUAGCUGGUAUUGAUGAUGUUGUUAGCUGGUAUUGAUGAUGAUGUUAGCUGGUGUUGAUGAUCAUGUUAGCUGGUAUUGAUGAUGUUGUUAGCUGGUAUUGAUGAUGAUGUUAGCUGGUGUUGAUGAUGAUGUUAGCUGGUGUUGAUGAUGAUGUUAGCUGGUAUUGAUGAUGAUGUUAGCUGGUAUUGAUGAUGAAGUUAGCUGGUGUUGAUGAUGAUGUUAGCUGGUGUUGAUGAUGUUGUUAGCUGGUGUUGAUGAUGAUGUUAGCUGGUAUUGAUGAUGAAGUUAGCUGGUGUUGAUGAUGAUGUUAGCUGGUGUUGAUGAUGUUGUUAGCUGGUUUUGAUGAUGAUGUUGCUGCUACCCGCAACUGCUUUUCCAGGUUUGCUCCUAGAUUUGUUGAAUUUCGAGUUGUGCAGUUGCCUUGGCAGGGCCAGAUCCAAAUGAUUUCGCGGGCCUCAUACGGCCGGACUUUCCCCACCCCUGAUUUAACUCACAUCCAUACAUCCCUGAAGGUUCUUGAAGCCAAGCCCGUGGUGGACACCAGCUCUCCAAGAACAUGCGACCAUCUGAACACAAGGAGCAAGAAGAUGCAGGCGCAGGAGGAGCGAGUGGCGGCCAUCGAGCACGAGAACCGGGCCCUGCUGGGCCGCAUGGCUCACAUCGCCGGCACGGGCGGGCGGCUCGACCACCGCAACUCCUACGUCGCCCGCAGCCUGAACGGCGAGCAGCGAGGGCGUGAGCUGGAGCGGCUGGCGCGGGAGAACCGGGCGCUGCUGAUGAGGCUGCAGAAGUCGAAGCCGUCGUACAGCGCCCAGCAGUGGGAGCAGCAGUGGCUUCGCUCCCAGCAGAUCACUAGCAACAUCAGCCGCUUCCCUCGGGGUGGUGGCGGUGGUGGCGGUGGUGGUGGUGGUGGCGGUGGUGGCGGCGGUGGACAGCUGAAGCCGGCGGGAGGAGCUCCCAGGAGAGGCGAGGCGACCAGGAGCCCCGAGCAGCCGUGACGUCACCACCCCACGUGACGUCACUACCCACGUGACGUCACCACCCCACGUGACUUAUCUAAACACGUGCUUCUCUCUCUCUGUGUGAUCACCAUCAUCACCGUGGUUUAGGGGGGCCGUCCAUAAAUGACGUCACGCGAUUUUGGACGAUUUUUGACCCCCCCCCCCGUCGUCACAAAAAGUCUGACCCCCCCCUCUCAAAUAUGCCCCCCCAAAUAAAUACAUAUUUCCAUUUUUAAAAAUAAAACAUGCUUCAAAUCGCUUUAAACUAUUGUCAUCGUAGUGCGUAUUCAGUGUGGCGCUGCACUCUGAUGUUGUAGGAGGAAACAUUUAUUACAAAGUCUAUUUAACUAAGUAGAACGUGUUGUCUAUUUUUAUUUUAAGUUGCACAUUUUACGUGACGUCACAUUUCUCAACCCCCCCCCCCCUCGUCACACAUCGUCACAAAUGUCUGACCCCCCCCCCCCCAGGUGCGUGACGUCAUUUAUGGACGGCCCCUUAUUCAAAAGUCUAUUUAAUUAAGUAAAAACGUGUUGUCUAUAUUCAUUUAAAGUUGCACAUUUUGAUGUGACGUCACAUUCCUCAACCCCCCCUCGUGACACAUCGUCACAAAUGUCUGACCCCCCCCCUCACCCAUUAGGUGCGUGACGUCAUUUAUGGACGGCCCCUUAUUCACUGCUGGAUGGAAUUCAAUGAUUAUGAUGCUUUGUGUUAUAAAAUCCACGUGUUUCUCUCUCUCUCUCUCGUCGAUUUCCGAUUCCUCCUGUGCCGAUGAGAUGUUGACCACCUCGCCUGGUGCACAGGAGGUCGUGGGUUCGAUCCCGAUCCUGACGAUGCCUGCUGCUGCUGCUGUAGAUGUGGAGUUUGCGUCUCUCUCAUCAUCAUCAUCACGGCGGCUAUGAGAUGUUGACUACCUCGCCUGGUGUAGAGGAGGUUUGUUAGGUUCCAUCCCGACCCCGACGAAUCCCUGCUACUCUCUAUUUGGAGUCUGCGUGUCUCUCUCUCUCUCUUCUCGUGGUUUGCGUGGAGUUGUUUGUGUUUCAUUCCGGCCCUCCGAUGAUUCCUCUUCACGUUCAGAAUCGCUAAGAGCAUUUGGCCCGUAAGUCUCUUCAAUGCUACACGGGGAGGGGUCUUUGUGUGCUGUGUGUUGUAGCGAUCUGUGUUGCUGAUAUUAAACUGUGAUUCAGAAUGA